AUGCCUCCGAUCCCGAUCACAAUCAUCACCGGCUUUUUGGGCUCGGGCAAAACAACUAUCUUGCUCAACCUCAUCCCGCAGCUGCCCCCCACCUACCGUCUCGCCCUACUCAAGAACGAAUUCGGCGAUGUCGCCAUCGACUCCCAACUUGCCGCCGCCACAUCUAUUUCCGGAGUCCGCGAGCUUCUUAACGGCUGCAUCUGCUGCAACCUCGUGGGUCAACUUGGCGAUGCUCUCCUCCAGCUGCGCGAUCAGGUGGCUCCGGACCGCAUCGUGAUCGAGACCAGUGGGAGCGCGUUUCCAGCGACCUUAGCCAUGGAGGUUAAUCGAGUGGCGGCAGAGACUGGCGGAGGCUUUGUGCUGGAUGGCGUCGUGAGUGUCGUGGAUGUUGAGAACUGGGAAGGCUACGAUGAUACAUCAUACACAGCUAAACUGCAGGCGAAGUAUACCGACCUCAUCAUCUUCAACAAGUGGGAGGCGGUCGAUGAGAGGAGGUUUGACGUGUGCCUGGACCGCAUCGGCGACUUGGAGGUGCAGACGCCGUGGGUGAAGUCUGCGAAGGGCAUGGUCGAGAAGGAUGUUUUGCUCGGGGUUGAUGGAGCACUGUUAGCAAAGGAGGCGUGUGACAAAGGUCAUGCUGGGCUAGACUUGAUUCUUAUGGGAGCCAAGGAUAGGCUUCAAGAUCAUGCCCAUGAUCACCAAUCUGAAGUGGAAGUCCUCUCUGUUACUCUCAGCAUCCCCGACGCCUCAAUGGUGGUUGAUACAGUUUCACUUGCACAUCUUCUCCAGUCUGCACCAAAGGAUGAAAUCUAUAGAAUCAAGGGAAUUUUUCGCUGCUCCACGGAGAUCCCACCGCAGGAUUCCUCCGGGGAGACUGCUUCUACUAGUGGCGAAGGACUUAUCCAAAAUUACAUUCUCAAUUGGGCCUUCGGCCGCUGGACGUUUACUCCUUUGCCCAAUAGUACGCAGCAUGAUCAUGGCGCUGCUGCCCGCAUGACGCUCAUCCUCGCAAGAUAUGAAUCAAAUAAAUGGAAAAAGAAGUUAGAAGCAGGCGGUCUCAUUGAAUUGGCCGGGGCCGCAAAAGAACUAGGUGUAUUGCAAAUCGAGACAAUCAAUUGA